AAACAGACCGUUAUUCUCGAAUCCACACUAUUUCAGUAUUUGCUUUUCAGUUUUAUCAUAUCUUCUUCCUUUGUUUCCUAAUUUCUUUGAGAUCUCAAUUGAUAUUCUAAAAAAUCAUCCAUGGCCCAUGCUAUAAUUUAGUUACGGAAAAACACGCACUUUUACUAUUCUUAAAGAAAAAAGAAUUUUGGAAAAAUGUGGAGGACUUAUUUUAAUUUGUUCAAACAUGGCAUGGUGCCAGCAGGUUGCGCGAAGAUGGGUGGAUUUCGCUUUGUUGGAUCCACUAGACUGAUGGGUCCGUCAUUUUGUUUCUAUAGUUCCACCGUGGGCGACGGAAGAGAGAAUGGUGAUAAUUGUAAUGGAAAUGGAAAUACGAUGACGUAUGCUGAAGCAAAGAGGCUGAUGAGGCUGGUGAAUGUGGAGGCAUUGAAGGAGAAGCUGGGGAUGAAUAAUAAGGAAAUGAUUUUAUACUCUGAGCUUUUAAAAGCCUGUGAGAGCUUUGGUAUAGCCAAGUCGGCCGAUGAGGCCGCCGCCUUCGCUCGAGUUCUUGAUGAGGCCGGCGUUAUUUUACUCUUCCGCGACAAAGUCUACCUGCACCCUGAUAAGGUGGUUGACCUUGUUAGAAAGGCAGUGCCUCUCGCACUUUUACCUGAAGAUGACCCGAGUAAGUAUGAACUGAAGAAGUUGCAAGAGAAGAAAGAGGAAAUUGAUGUUCUAGCACAUAAGCAGGUACGUCGUAUUUUGUGGUCCGGGUUAGGGCUUGCCGUGUUCCAAGUCGGGCUUUUCUUUCGUCUAACAUUCUGGGAAUUUUCUUGGGAUGUUAUGGAGCCAAUUGCAUUUUUCUCCACCACAACUGGGAUAGUCAUAGGCUAUGCUUACUUCCUGAUCACUUCAAGGGACCCGACUUACCAAGACCUGCUGAAGAGACUCUUUCUCUCAAGGCAGAGGAAGCUAAUCAAGAAGCAUAAUUUUGACGUUCACAAGUUUGUGGAAUUACAGAAGAAAUGCAAAUUACCUGUGCACACAUGUGUCUCUCUCAAAAAGCAGAUGGGCAUAGUAGAAGAACCAGAGGAUCUUUUACCUGGCCAUUGAAACCAUGUAGUUGCUACAGCUUCUUCAAUCUUACAUUUUAAAAUAUAUUUAGUUUUGGAGUCAACCAAAAGCUCCCAUUUUCUUUGAGGGGGACUUGUAUAUUUCUUGCUGGCUUCCUGAGCAAGAUCUUGAAAUUGGACACCGGUCUUUUAAAGUCUUUUUUCUAGAUAACAUGGAAAGGAUUAAUGCUGACAAGUGACAAUUCAUUUUGUUAAGGUUCUAACUAUCAACUGACAUAUUAUUUUGUAUCCAGAUACAGAUUUCACAUGAAUUAGAUUCAUAAUUUUUGUUUUCUUA